AUGAAACGUUCCCCACUGCCUCAACAGCAGACCCCUCACCUCCCCAUAGACGUCCACACAGAGACCGCCCUACACAGAGACCUCCCUACACAGAGACCUCCCUACACAGACCCCUCACUUCCCCAUAGACAUCCACACAGAGACCUCCCUACACAGAGACCUCCCUACACAGAGAGCUCCCUACACAGAGACCUCCCUACACAGACCCCUCACCUCCCCAUAGACAUCCACACAGAGACCUCCCUACACAGAGACCUCCCUACACAGAGACCUACACAGAGACCCCUACACAGAGACCUCCCUACACAGACCCCUCACCUCCCCAUAGACGUCCACACAGAGACCUCCCUACACAGAGACCUCCCUACACAGAGACCUCCCUACACAGAGACUUCCCUACACAGAGACCUCCCUACACAGACACCUCCCUACACAGAGACCUCCCUAUACAGAGACCUCCCUAUACAGACACCUCCCUACACAUAA